AAACAGAAAAUGAAAGGCGGGAGUAAAGUAGUUAAAGCUUACUAUAAAUACUCUCCCCUCCAAAACUCGCUUCUCACAAACACAUAUACUACCCUCUCUCCUCAAAUCUCUCUCUCUCUCUCUCAAAAUCUCUCCUACAAAAAAAUAAAAUAAUUUAUUUAUCAGGAACCCUACGUAACUGGAAUCCACCGAGUUCGGGGUCUGCAGAUCGAAGCAUAUUAUUGCACUUUUUUUUAUCAUACACAACCAACGAGACUUCUAUAUAAUUCUAUCAUUUCUAUAUUUUAGACACAAUUUAUUUCUACGUGUGAAUCUUUUUCAUAUUCUUUUCGAGAAUCUACUGAGCUGCUGCUGAUCAAGAGGAGACAGUGAUGCAAUAAUUUGUGAUUUGUUUUGAAUUCGUUUGAUCGAGAUUUGGAUAUACCCUUCUUGUUUUUGGUGAGGCCAUAUCGAUUGCUAUGGCUGCUACUGCCAGUACAGCAUUCUUUUCCGUUUCUCCGGCAUCUGAUGCCUCUAGUGGCAAGCCUGGCGGAAACGUUGGAGGCCUUCCUGCAAGUGUUGAUGCACGGGGAAUCAGGUCGAAAUCGGUUUCUUCUAAGACUUUGCAGGUGAAGGCCAGUGCACAAGCUCCAACCAAGGUUAAUGGUUCCAGAGUUGGGGUGAUGGAAGGCCUUAAGAGCGAUGAUCAAAUAUCUUCUUCGCCGCCCCCAAGGACAUUUAUUAACCAGUUGCCUGAUUGGAGUAUGCUCCUUGCGGCUAUCACAACCAUUUUCUUGGCAGCUGAGAAGCAAUGGACGGUGGUUGAUUGGAAGCCAAAACGGCUUGAUAUGCUAGGUGACCCCUUUGGUUUGGGCCGGAUUGUUCAUGAUGGAUUAGCUUUCCGUCAAAAUUUUUCCAUUCGUUCGUAUGAAAUUGGGGCUGAUCGGACUGCAUCUGUGGAGACACUGAUGAAUCAUUUGCAGGAUACAGCUCUUAACCAUGUAAAGCAGGCGGGGCUACUGGGUGAUGGCUUUGGUUCUACUCCAGAGAUGUGUAAAAAGAACCUCAUAUGGGUGGUCACCAAAAUGCAGGUCAUGUUUGAUCGAUAUCCAACUUGGGGAGAUGUUGUUCAAGUAGAUACUUGGGUAGCUGCAGCGGGUAAGAAUGGAAUGCGUCGUGAUUGGGUUCUUCGAGACUACAAUACCGGGGAAAUAUUGACUAGAGCUUCUAGUUGUUGGGUGAUGAUGAACAAAGAGACAAGGAAGUUGUCCAAACUUCCAGAUGAAGUCCGAGCUGAAAUAGGAAGUUUUUUUGUUGAUGCGCCUCCUGUUGUAGAUGAAGAUAGUAGAAAAUUACCCAAACUUACUGAUAACAGUGCAGAUUAUAUCCAGACUGGACUAACGCCAAGAUGGGGCGAUUUGGAUGUCAACCAGCAUGUUAACAAUGUAAAAUAUGUCGACUGGAUACUUGAGAGUGCACCGCAGCCAAUUAUGGAGAGUCACGAGCUAGCUAGCAUGACUCUGGAGUACCGAAAGGAGUGUAACAGGGACAGUGUGCUCGACUCCCUUACUUCUAUUCUGAACAAAGGCCAGGGUGAUCUGGCAGACCACGGCCACGUUGAGUGUCAGCAUUCACUUCGACUCAAUGAUGGUGCUGAGAUCAUGAAGGGAAGAACCGAGUGGAGGCCUAAGCGUGGCCACGGAGUAAGCUUUGAUCAGUUUCCAUCAGAAAGCGCAUAGAUAACAUCUACAAUAACAUGGAUGUGUGUCACAAACUCACAAUGCAUUUGUAAAAAAUCUCACAUGUCUGAAAAUCCUACCUACUAUAUCUGGCUCUCUGUCUAUAAAUUAUUAUAUUCAUUUUAUUUUAUGGUUUAUCCUUAAUCAUGAGAGGAAUAGAGGAAAUGUAACCCCAUUGUAAGUAGCCAUGACUCUUGUUGUGUUGGUUUGCCUAUUAGGACAUUGCAGUGCUGGUUCAAUAUGUGUAAUGAAAUAUGGUUUGGUUAUUCUC